UCCUGCUGCUCUCAGAUGUCCUCUUAUCGCCCUCCAGUGUGACUGUCCCUCUCAGCGAUGACGUGUCUCUGUGGUGCUUGGGCUUAGCCCUUUCCCCUGCCCUGGACCCCGCUGUGUCUGACAAGCUCUCUCUCCUUACAGACCACAGCAUGUGAGCAGAAGGGGAAGCCUGGAGUGGGAUCCGUGCCUGCCCACGCCUGGACUCAGCAUCGCUGGGGCCACAUCUUGCCCAAAGAGGAAGAGGAAAAGACACUUCAUUCCCCCUUGCUAAAGAUGGGAGGCAGCAUCCGUGCAGCAGAGCAGGCAGGGGAGCUCCAGACCUGGCCUGUGGAGCAUCCCUGGCUGUGCCACAGCUGCAGCCGCAGCCACAGCACAGCAGCUCGCUGGCACUAGGGCUGUGGGCCAGCACGGGGCAGGCAGCCGGGGCCAGCACUGGGCAAGCAGCCGGGGCCAGCUCGGGGCAGGCACCCAGGGCCAUCAUGCUCUUCCACAACAGCAAGACCCAGCUUCUGCUGGUGAACUCCCUGACGUUCGGCCUGGAGGUCUGCCUGGCUGCAGGGAUCACCUACGUGCCUCCGCUGCUGCUGGAAGUGGGAGUGGAGGAGAAGUUCAUGACCAUGGUUUUGGGGAUAGGACCUGUCCUUGGCUUGGUUUUUGUCCCACUGAUAGGCUCCGCCAGUGACCACUGGCACAGCAGCUAUGGCCGGAGGAGACCUUUCAUCUGGAUGCUUUGCCUGGGGGUCCUGCUCAGCCUCUUCGUUAUCCCACAUGCCAGCAGCCUGGCCAGCCUGUUUGCCCUCAACCCUCGGCCUCUGGAGAUUGCCUUCCUCAUCCUGGGCAUCGGCUUACUGGACUUCUGUGGCCAGGUCUGCUUCACCCCACUGGAGGCUCUGCUCUCAGACCUCUUCCAGGAGCCAGACAACUGCCGCCAGGCCUUCUCCAUGUAUGCCUUCAUGAUCAGCCUGGGGGGCUGCAUUGGCUACCUGCUUCCAGCCAUAGACUGGGGUGGCAGCUUCCUGGCCCCGUACCUGGGAGGGCAGGAGACCUGCCUCUUCAGCCUCCUCGCCAUCAUCUUCCUCGGCUGUGUGCUGGCCACGCUCUUUGUGACAGAGGAGGCAGCCACCCAGGCGGAUGCUCUGGAUGGCCCCGCACUGAAGGAUGCUCCCCCUAAACCCUGCCCCCCUGCCUGCUGCUCUUGCCACAUCUCCAGGAGCUCGUGUCUCCUGCAGGCCAGGCACACGAUGCAGGCGCUGAGGAGCCUCUGCACGCUGGUGCCGCGGCUUCACAGCCUCUACUGCCGCAUCCCCAAGGUCAUCCGACGCCUGUUCGUGGCCGAGCUCUGCAGCUGGAUGGCACUCAUGACUUUCAUGCUGUUCUACACGGACUUUGUUGGGGAAGGGCUGUACCACGGUGUCCCCAGGGCCAAGCCAGGCACGGAUGCCAGACGCCACUAUGAUGAAGGGGUCCGCAUGGGCAGCUUGGGGCUCUUCCUGCAGUGCAUCACAUCCAUCUUCUUCUCGACAAUCAUGGACCGGCUGGUGACGCGCUUCGGGGCGCGCGCCGUCUACCUGAGCAGCGUGGUGUUCUUCCCCGGCGCUGCCGUCGUCAUGUGCCUCUCCCACAGCAUCACCGUCGUCACCGUCUCGGCUGCUCUGACGGGCUUCACCUUCUCUGCCCUCCAGAUCCUGCCCUACACGCUGGCGUCGCUGUACCACCAUGAGAAACAGGUGUUCUUGCAUAAAUACAAGAGCAGAGAGGAGGAAGCUGCAGCUCGCUUGGACAAGAAAUCCUUCUCCAAAGGGCUCCUUCCCAGCCAGAAGCUGCCCUACCAGAACGGGCACACUGGGAGCCUCUUCUCCUCCUCCUCCCCUUCGUCCCCGGCUGCCGGCUCGGCUCUGUGCGUCGGCUCCUCCUGCGACGUCUCCCUCAGGAUGAUGGUGGGAGAAGCGGAGGCUCCCAGCCGAGGGAUCUGCCUGGACCUGGCUAUCCUGGACAGUGCCUUCCUCCUCUCUCAGGUCGUGCCCUCCCUCUUCAUGGGCUCCAUCGUCCAGUUUACACAGUCCGUGACAGCCUACAUGGUGUCAGCUGCUGCCUUGGGCCUCGUGGCCAUUUACUUUGCGACCAAAGUUGUCUUUGACAAGAGUGACAUGGCCAAGUGCGCGGUGUGAUGGGGGCACACGG